CUGGAAUUCCCAUCCCCUCUGACAAGCUGUGAGGAGAAGUUGUUUCUCAGAUGUGAGUCCGAAGAGAGGGAACAAGUCAAUCAGCCUUCGUGGUCAGAAGCCUAGAGACCAUAGAAGUCUGAACCAGGUGGAAGGAAGGGAAGAUGGGAAAAGUGGUGGAGAGCAGACUCCCAUAGGGACCCAAAUGGUCCUCGAGACAAUAACCUUAUCCAGAAGUAAGGGCCAAGAAGCACAUGACUGAGCCCUGGGGCUGGCCAGGCAGUUGAAAACUAGGCUGGUGGAGCCUACAUGACAACUUUCUGCAUUUGGUGCUGUGAACCGACUCAUCUCCCCAUCCCCGCCAAGAAACCUGGGACCAUGAGGAGCAGCCUGACCCUGGUGGGGACCCUCUGGGCCUUUCUGUCCCUUGUUACCGCCGUGGCCAGUUCUGCCAGUUACUUCCUGCCUUAUUGGCUCUUUGGAUCUCAGCUGGGGAAGCCAGUGUCAUUCAGCACAUUCCGGAGGUGCAAUUACCCUGUGAGGGGAGAGGGGCAGAGUCUGAUCAUGGUUGAAGAGUGUGGGCGCUAUGCCAGCUUCAGUGCCAUCCCCAGCCUGGCCUGGCAGAUGUGCACGGUGGUGACAGGUGCUGGCUGUGCUCUGCUGCUCCUGGUGGCACUGGCUGCUGUCCUGGGCUGCUGCAUGGAAGAACUCAUCUCCAGAAUGAUGGGACGUUGCAUGGGAGCUGCACAGUUCGUGGGAGGACUGCUGAUAAGCUCAGGCUGUGCAUUAUACCCCUUAGGAUGGAAUAGCCCGGAGAUAAUGCAAACGUGUGGGAAUAUCUCCAAUCAAUUUCAGUUAGGUACCUGUCAGCUUGGCUGGGCCUAUUACUGUGCUGGAGGUGGCGCAGCUGCAGCCAUGUUGAUUUGCACCUGGCUCUCUUGCUUUGCUGGAAGAAACCCCAAGCCUGUCAUGUUGGUGGAAAGCAUCAUGAAGAACACCAAUUCUUAUACCAUGGAGUUUGACCACUGCCUCAAACCUUGAGAUUUGGCAGAAUUGGAGAGGGUGGGAAAGAGGAGGGAAGGGAGCCUUGAAAAGAAGUACUAAGACGAGGCCAGUUGCUACCCACUUGCCAGUCAUGUAACCCAGUGUUUGUAUGCUUUUUAACUCAUCAUUCAUUUUCACUUUGCCUUAAACCAGUGGGUCAGUGGCUAUUUACAAAAUUCACCAAGGACAAUAAUUCUAUCAAAUGUUUAUCUAGCUGGCGAGUACCCACUAGCCUCCAAGUCCCAAAGUGCCCUUUCAUACAAAAUAAUAAGAAAGAUCCUCAGUUGAAAGCUGUACAGUCAAGCAGUUCUUCAGAAUUCUGCAUCUCCUGCCACUUACCCCAAAGCUUAAAGGUUGGGUAAAAACACUUAUGGGCUUUCCAGGUGGCUCAGCAGUAAAGAAUCCCCCUGCAAUGCAGAAGACAUGGGUUCAAUCAUCCCUGAGAUGGGAAGAUUCCUCUGGAGAAGGGCAUGGCAACCAACUCCAGUAUUCCUGCCUGGGAAAUCCCAUGGACAGAGGAGGCUGGCAAGCUACAGUCCAUAGGGUCACAAAAGAGUCAGACUCAACUUAGUGACUAAACAACAGCAUCAGCAGCAACAACAAAAACACUAGUGCAGGGAAGAGCCAUGAGAUGAGCAGGGCUGGUUCCUACUGCUCCAUUCCUUUGGUCCUCCCCUGAUAUUUGUUGCCAUCUGCAAACAUCUAUGAAGUGCCCCUGCCCAUUUUUUUAAUGCCUCUCUCAUGAUUGUGCCUUGACUCUUCCUCUUUUUCCUGCUUCUCUUCCUUUCUGGUUGUGACGAAGCUUGUGGGGAAAGUGACUGCCAGUGGAAAAAACAGUAAUCAAGGAUGCUUGCGUGUAGUCUAAGACUCCUUCCUCAUUAUGCUUUAGAAAAUAUUCAUAAGAGUUCAUUUUGUGUUCUGGCUGGGUGACUGGCAUUAAAAUAGUGGCAAGUAUUCCCUCAUCCCUUAUAGAUACAGGAAUGGUUUUCAUCAGAUGUUCUGAGCGGAGACUAGCAUUUGUUGUGUGCUCAAUAAAUACUAAUUCA